AGCGAGUCCCUCCCCUUUGAGUGAACUUGAGAGAAACUCCUUCUGCAGACUUCACUCGUUCAUCAUGGCGGUGUUUUCGUCUCUUACUCCUGUGUUCGUGGCGGUUUUGUGUGUGAUUAUCGGGUUUCUCUUCAAAACCUCCCAGAGGAGAGAGCCCAGAUCAAAGCAGAAGAGUUCAGAGCAGACAGCCAGGCCAUGGGUGGACGAGGAUCUGCAGGAUGAUACAGAAAUCAGCAGUAAACACAACGAGGAGGAGGAGGAGGAUUGGCUAGACACAACAGAGGAAGAAAACCUACCCCAUAUCCCAUACACCCCAGCUCAGUACUCUGCUGCUGAGAUGCUGGAACGUUCUGAGAAGUUCUACUCGCUCAUGAAUCUGAGACGGUCUGUCCGCUUCAUCAGUCCAGAACCGGUACCAAAAGAAGUGAUUGACAAUGUCAUACGCACUGCAGGCACUGCACCGAGUGGAGCUCACACUGAGCCCUGGACGUUUGUGUUGGUGUCUGAUGCAGAUGUCAAACACAAGAUCAGAGAGAUCGUUGAGGAGGAGGAGGAAAUAAACUACAAGCAAAGGAUGGGAGACAAGUGGGUCCAUGACCUGAAGAAACUGAGGACAAACUGGGUGAAGGAGUAUUUGGAUCUGGCUCCGUAUCUGAUUCUAGUGUUUAAGCAGACAUAUGGAAUUCUGCCCAGCGGCAAGAAAAAGACUCACUAUUACAAUGAAAUCAGCGUGUCCAUUUCCUGUGGCAUUCUGCUGGCUGCUCUGCAGAAUGUGGGGCUGGUUACCGUGACGACAACUCCUCUGAACUGCGGCCCACAGCUCAGGUCCCUCCUCCAGCGACCGGCCAAUGAGAAGCUUCUAAUGCUGCUUCCUGUUGGCUAUCCUACAUCUGACGCCAAAGUGCCUGACCUCAAACGCAAGGACCUAAAUGACAUAAUGGUGACUCUGUGAGAUUGUCAGCUGCUAUAAACAAAUGUAAUGCCAUUUUUUACAGUAAUAGUUUACACAAGGACACAGUUCCUUUCACAUUUUGCAUGGCUCUAUUAAUGUACGCUUUAUAUAUUAUGAAUUUGCUGUGAUUUAUGCAAAACAUUAAGUAAAGUACAUGUUUGUUCCCCA